GCGCGACUUUAUAGACGGUCUGUUUGGUGCAAUUCUCAACGUUGCAUUAUUUUGCCUGAGGUAUAAGAUCUUCAAGACUGAAAAAAAAUGGGAAGAUCUUACUUUGUGGAGGAAUCGAUACAAAAUUACUUAUUAAGUCUAAGCAACAAUUUCAAUCAGAAGCACGUGACGGGUAUUCUUAUUGGACAAACUUCCACUGCAAGAGACUUUAUUAUUCAGGCAAUCCAGACACCCCCAAAGGAAGAGCCUUUCCAAAAUCCUUCCAAGAAGAAAGGUUUCCAUCUUGAUGAAACUGAUGAAGAAUGGAUUACUGAACAUGCAAGACAGGUUUCUCGAAUGUUGACAGGAGGAUUAGCCAUACUUGGUGUGUUCCUGAUUGUACCACCUACCCUUUCCAAGGAGGCUUCAAAUAUGUUACGUAGGCUAGUUUUUGCAGUGGACACAUCUGUCACCCGCUGGAAGGUUGUGAAACUGUCAGAGGAGGAAGUAUAUGAUAGAGUUACUGUCCAGAUGUGCUCAGAGACAAAAAAAGUAAACUGUCGUACUUUUGAUGUUAAAGAUCCUCUGAGUUCUCCUAAACCAGCUGACUGGAAGUAUCAAAAUGGAGUAUCCAGUACAUGGCCACUCUUGCAGUGCAAUGUGGAAGUUGACCUAAGGUUACCGGUAAUUGCAAGUUUUGUUGAACAAAAUGGGCUGAAGAACUGGGCUUUAAAAAUGGAAAAGUGUUAUUAUCUCAUCAAUGGCCAAAUGAGAGAUCCAGAUAAAGAAAUUCUGGAAGUGCAUAAAAAGAAUUCAAGAGCUUCAGCACAUCGGGAGUGUUUUUCUAUUCAGCUUUUAGUACCAUUGAUGCAAGAUGAUCAGGGGGACUGCAUGGCCAUGGUGCAGGAGUGCAGUAAAAAUAUUAUUUUAAAGGGAGUUGUACACUGUAAAGCUUACAUCCACUCUAAUAAGCCAACUGUGGCUGAUGCAGUACGGGCAUUGAAACGAGAUCUAUUGGAUACCAUUUCCAUACGCUAUGAAAUGCUUUUUGAAGAUGUUUUCAGUAGUAAUGAAGAUGAAAGAGGUAAAGGGCAGAAGAUUGAUCAUGCACUGCCUCAACGUGUAUUUGUACAGGCUUCAAGUUCUGAUAUACUGAGUUGUGAUUACAUAUUUAGAGAUGAGACUUUCAUUGAAGUAAAAGAGAGAUUCAAAGAAAUGUUUGACUGUGAAGUGAGUGAAGAUAAAGUUGAUCUGUUGCAAGAAACUGUUUCAGUUCCAGCAGUUUGUCCAGAUGUAGAAAUCUGUCAAGAGCACUCAUCGAUGGUUUUAGGGAAAAAUGUAGAAAAACAGAAAACUGCUGGUGUGGCAUUAGCUAUUGGAGUGGCCCUCCUUGCCCUGGCAGCAUCUUUUUUUUAUUUUAGUGACUAAACCCUAAAAACUACUGGCAAGCAGUAGAGACCUGAAAAAAAAAUCUUUGGACCAGUAUUUACUUGUAUAGUAAUGAAUACACAUCAAUUGUAAAACAAUUAAACAGACUCCCCCACACGCACACUGAUAAA